GGAGUAACGACUAUUUUAGAGAAUACAAAGUAACAUGAAAGUUUCUUAAUUAUUUUCGUAAUUAAGAUAUUUCACGUUAAUCUUGUCAUAUAAACAUUUGGUAAGAUAAGACUUAAUUUGACAAGUUUAUCUAUGACCUAUGAAAACAAUUAUUAUAUGGGAAAUAUGGAAAUAGAAGAACCCUUACAAGAUGUUGUUACCGACGAAUUUUCGUGUGCUAUAUUUGAGUGUAAAAUAAGUGACUGUUCGGAGCAAUGCGUGUCAUGUAGAUGGUACAGGGAUGGGAAACAUAUAGAAUCAUCACGCAAAUUUAAAAUAACGUGCAAUGGAAAAUUCCAUCGGCUAGAAAUAAUUUCUCCUACAACUCACGAUCAAGGUGUUUAUGUAAUUUUACUAAAAAACCAUUUAGGUGAAGUAUUUUCUAAGGCAAAUUUAUAUGUAAAGCAAAUUAAAGAAAGCGAUAUUUACAAUGAUGUUCUUAAUUUAAAACCAAUGCAUAAGCGUUUUCAUGUUGUCAAGCAUUUGAAAUGUAUAAAAGUACUAGUUGGCGAUACCAUUGAAUUAGAAGCCGUUUUUAGUUGUGACGCUUUAGAAGAUUAUGUAUGGUUUAAAAGUAAUAAUUUAUUACUACAAAAUGAACGUAUGAUAUUAUUAAAUGAUAAAAGGACGACCACUCUUUCGAUAUUGUGUGCAAAAGAGACAGAUUCUGGUAUUUAUCACGUGGUAUCAAAGUCUGAAUAUGGUAUUGCGUCAACUUUUGCAAGUGUUGUAGUAGUAAAUGUGGACUUAAAUACUUUAAAUAUUAGCGAAUUAGUGCCCUGCAUAGAUGAGACUUUACCCGAAGAAUUGGAAGUGAACGAAGGAGAAGAUCUAAGACUCACGUGUAAAGCUUCGUUCGAUGUAAACACCACAAUAUAUUGGUCUAAAAAUGGAGAAAUAAUAGAAGAAAAUAAAAAUAUAGUAACAGAGUACUAUAACAAUAGAUACAUUUGCUUAAAGAUAGAAAAUGUUUCCUUAAAUGACGGUGGUGAAUAUUCAAUCGUUUUGUUGGAUAAUAUCACAGGUCAAAAAGAUUCAUCAACUUGUUUUUUAACGAUCAACGAAAUACCAAAAGAAAAACGAUGUUUAGUGCAGGUAAAGCAAGCAUUAAAACCAGUUAUGACUUGCUUUGGAACAAGAAUUUCAUUCAACUGCACUUUUGCUAUAGAUGACCCAAGAUUUUAUUACGUAGUGUGGUAUGUUGGUCAUUUUAGAGUUGAACGAACAAAUCACAAGUUUCACAUGAUGCAUAGCGGUGGAGAAUUCUAUCUAGUUAUUAAACAAGUUGAACCAGGAAUGAGUGACCAAGUUAUCUGUGAACUUCGUAAAGCGCUACCUAAUAGAAAAUCUAUUUUAAGUAUUAGUACUGCAACUACUCUUACUAUUGUACCACAUUCGAUAAUAACUAGAGAAAUAAAACAUAAUGAAGUUGUGGUUGGUCGAAAUAUCUCCUAUGGAACUAACUCUAAAGUAGAGAUUCCAGUAUUAGGUUACAAUGUAAAUGGAAUUCACAAUAACGUGGUUUCGAGAAAUCAUGAUGUGGAGGAUAGUAAGAAAACUUAUAAAAGAAUGUACAUCACGUAUUGCAGUUUAAGUUUAUUUUCUUUCGUGGUUAGAUUAGACGACGAUAAUUUUUACUUGAGCGCAUCGAACAAUGAUGAAGAAAGACAUUGUGAAUGUUUGAUGAUUCACCAUAAAACUAUUGGCGGUCAAUCAGCGAAAGCGCCUUCUAAGAUCGUGGUAAUAGAAUGGCACGACUCGGAAGCCGAAGUAUCAAGAAAAGUUUGGCAUCGCAUCGAGAUAGGCGACUCGAAUAAUGAUUUUGUACAAGCCGGCGUUUCGAGUGCCCCGAUGUUUGAAAUAAAGGAUCCAUCAUUAGAACAAAUUAUGAAGUUCCGGAUAUCAACCGAAGAACCAUUACUUAACACCGAUGAAUCAAGAGUUUGUAUACUACCAUCCGAGAAAAAUGUAAACACUAUAAAAAAAAGUAUUACUUUGAAGCCGAUGGAAGAAUUUGACGCAAAUUUUACAAAAACUGGUGACAUAAUAGGCCAUGGUGCAUUUGGUAGUGUUGUAUUAGUUUAUAAUGAUAAAGGAGAAUUUUAUGCGGCAAAAAUACUAAAAACUAGGACACAGAAAAAGAGAGAUGCCGCUGUAAGAGAAUACGAAAUGAUGAGGAGAUUGCGACAUCCAAAACUCGUGGAACUUUACGAUUCGUUUCAAUCGAGGGAAUCAUUUAUUCUAGUAAUGGAUUAUUUAUGGGGUGGAGAGCUAUUUGACAGAAUAGUGGAAGAAGAACACAUAAAAGAAGUGGACGUAGUUUCCUACGUCCGACAAAUAUGUGAAGCCCUACUUUACUUACACGAACGACAGAUAGCUCACUUAGACUUAAAACCAGAAAAUAUAAUUUGCCUUAGUCCGAAUUCUAGACAAGUAAAAAUAAUUGAUUUCGGUUUAGCUCGAGUACUAGAUGCUAGUCAUGUGACGAGGGCUAUUUACGGAACGAGAGAUUACGUCGCUCCUGAAGUAUUGAAUUUCGAACAAAUCACCUUGGCGUGUGAUAUGUGGAGUUUGGGCGUCGUAACCUAUAUGUUAUUAUCUGGGGUUAUGCCAUUCAGUGGUGAUAGUUGGCCGGAGCGAUCAGCAAAUAUUACAAUGGCCAAUUACAACUACCACGAAUCAGCUUUUAAGGAAAUAUCUGAUCUAGCUAAAGAUUUUGUUGAUCGUCUUCUUGUUUUACAACCUGAAAAGCGCAUGAAAUCAUCUGUCGCACUAAAUCAUCAAUGGAUAAUAGAGGGACCUCCUGAAGGCACGAGGGCCGGGCGUAUGAAACGAGCUCAAGAAAACUUGAAAUCAUACCUAGCUAACCAUAGAGCGAGAUGGCAAAGAGCUGGAAAUGUUAUGAUAGCAGCGCACAGACUUCGAACCUACAUGGGCAGUCAACGAAGCCUCAUCUCAGCUGAACGAGAGUCACCUCGAGUAACUUAGUUUUUCUAGGCUAGGCAUCAAGCCUUAUUUCUAAAACAUUGCAGUAUUGAAGUGAAUGUAUCAAUUUCGAGAAAAAAUUGGUAUCUUAAUAAAAAGCAAGACCUAAAAAAA